GCUGUUGCUAUGGCUUCGGCGUUCCUGGAGAAAUUGGAGGAGGAGGUGACCUGCCCCAUUUGCCUGGAGCUCCUGACAGAACCUGUGAGCUUAGACUGUGGCCACAGCUUCUGCCAAGCCUGCAUCACUGCAAACCAGAAGAUGUCCACAGUAGUCCAAGAAGGGGAGGGCAGCUGCCCUAUGUGCCGAAUCCGAUACCAGAUUGAGAAUCUGCGGCCUAGUUGGCAUCAGGCCAACAUAGUUGAGAUGCUCAAGGAGGUGAAGUUGAGUCCAGAGGAGGGGCAGAAAGUAGAUCACUGUGUACGCCAUGGAGAGAAACUCCAGCUCUUCUGUAAGGAAGAUGGUAAGAUCAUUUGCUGGCUCUGUGAGCGGUCUCAGGAGCACCGUGGUCACCACACAUUCCUCACAGAGGAGGUUGUCCAGGAGCAUCAGGAAAAGCUCCAGGCAGCUCUGGAGAAGCUGAAGAAACAGCAGCAGGAAGCUGAGAAGUUAGAAGCUGACAUCCAAGAAGAGAGAACUUCCUGGAAGAAUCUAAUACAGUAUGAGAGAGAAACUGUCCAGUCAGAGUUUGAAAAACUGAGAGCCAUCCUGGACUGCGAAGAGCAAAACCAGCUGCAAAAGCUGGAGAAAGAGGAGAGAGGUAUUUUGAAAAUCCUUGCAGAGUCUGAAAUUGAGCUGGCCCAGCAGAGCCAGGUGGUGAGAGAUCUCAUCUCAGAUGUGGAGCGUCGGUUGCAGGGGACAGCAAUGGAGAUGCUGCAGGUAAGACUUGGAAUGAAGCCCUAA